AUGAGCUUGUUUGUCGCCAGCCGGACAGCUUUCCGGGCCGCCGCGCCCCUCAAGCGGCAAUUCCAGGUCCGCUGCUAUGCCACUGAGGGACCGUCGGCCGACCCCAAGAAGGGCAACAACAACAACAACAACACGCUGCUCUACGGGGCCGCUGCCGCUGCGCUGGCCGGCGCCGGCUACUACUUCUUCGGGGGCACGCCGGCGGCCAAGAAGGCCGAGGAGAAGGUGAAGGAGGCGUCGAGCGCGGCGAGCGCGGCGACGGACAAGCUGCCCCUCGGCGAGGUCAACAAGAAGGCGCUCACGGGCGGCGACCAGGGCUGGGUCAGCCUGAAGCUCGAGGAGGUCGAGAUCGUCAAUCACAACUCGAAGCGGUUCCGCUUCCGGCUGCCCGACGACGACAUGGUCUCGGGCCUGCAGGUGGCCAGCGCGAUCCUGACCAAGUUCACCCCCAACGAGGGCGACAAGCCCGUCAUCCGCCCCUAUACGCCCAUCAGCGACGAGGACACCAAGGGCUACCUGGACCUGCUGGUCAAGAAGUACCCCAACGGCCCGAUGAGCACGCACCUGCACGACAUGGUGCCCGGCCAGCGGCUGGACGUCAAGGGCCCGAUCCCCAAGUACGCCUGGUCGGCCAACAAGCACCGGCACAUUGCGCUGAUCGCGGGCGGCACGGGUAUCACGCCCAUGUUCCAGCUGUGCCGCGCCAUCUUCAACAACCCGGACGACCAGACGAAGGUGACGCUCGUCUUCGGCAACGUGAGCGAGGACGACAUCCUGCUCAAGAACGAGCUGGCCACGCUCGAGAACCACUACCCGCGCCGGUUCCGCGCCUUCUACGUGCUCGACAACCCGCCCCAGCAGUGGACCGGCGCCAAGGGCUACAUCAACAAGGACCUGCUCAAGACCGUCCUCCCGGAGCCCAAGGACGAGAACAUCAAGGUGUUUGUGUGCGGGCCCCCCGGCAUGAUGGAGUCCAUCUCGGGCAACAAGAAGAGCCCCAAGGACCAGGGCGAGCUGAAGGGCAUUCUGAAGGAGCUCGGGUACACCCCAGAGCAGGUGUACAAGUUCUAG